AUGUCAAAAAUAAAACGUUUAAUCAUUCUUGAUCUUAAUGGUCUUCUCAUUCAUCGUGUUCAUAAAAGUCUAUAUGUCAAAUGUAAACCUUUAUUUGAAGAACAAUAUAAUCUUCGUAAUUUACCACGUCCAGAACGUAAAGGUAAUUUUGCUGUAUGGCUUCGUCCUAAUGUUAAAGAAUUUCUUGAAUGGUUACUGAAACAUUUUCAUGUUGCUAUUUGGUCAUCUGUAUUAUAUCAUAAUAUUGCACCUAUUGUUGAAGCUUUAUUACCUGAUGAACAUGAACGUCCACGUUUAUUAUUUUGGUGGAAUCAAGAACAUUGUUUUACUGAAGAUAAUCCAACAGCAAUUGAUCCAACAAAUACAAAAUUAUUUUUUAAACGUUUAACAUCUGUAUGGGAUACAGUUGAUAUAAAUGAACGUUGGUUAAUGAAUCAACCAAGUAAUAUUGAUUUACGUGAUCAUACAUUAUUAAUUGAUGAUAAUAAAUUAAAAGUACGUGAUAAUCCAAUACAUACAGCUAUACAUCCACGUACAUGGAAAUUAUUUGAAUUAAAUGAUGAUAAUACUGAUAUAAAAAUAUAUAAAGAUAAAGUUUUAGAAAAUGAUGGACAAUUAAUGAAAUGGUUAGAAGGUUUAUUAGAAUGGAAUGGAACUGUAUCAGAAUAUGUUGAAAAACAUCCAUAUAUUGAUCCACCUUUAGAAGAAAUUGAGAAAGAACCUAAUAAUUCAUGGAGUUCUGGUUGGGACUAA